AUGGAGUCUCGUGGUCCCUUAAAAGUUUUGGAACAUCACUUUGGCUCUAAUUUGAAUGAUUACCUCCUGCAUCGUUUCCCACCUGUUUUUCGGACCGACCUAAAGGGAACCACUAUCUUCCGUCUCGCCCGUUGCUAUCAGAAAGCAUGGCUUGAUGCCCCAGAGGAUGCGAGAGCGGGUCGUCCUUGUGACUUGACUGCCGAGUUAAACGAUGUUCUUGCUGCCAUCAAGAAAUCUUAUCCAGACGUUACCGGUUUCUUCAAUCAGGGAGCUCACACACCGGCUAUCGUUGAGCCUCACAGCUCCAAGUUCAUCUCUCACGACUGUGUAUACAACUUUGUGCGCACGUUCCACCUACCGUUGCCUCCCGUGAAACAAGGGAAACCUGUCGUUGUGAUAGCCCUGCCUACGGGUCCAAUUUUAGCCUUGGCUUGCCUCGCAGUCGCAGCGCACUAUACCGCAGCACCGCUUGCAUCCGUUGUCGGGUCUGAGCAAUUUGUGAACGAGGUCCUUCAGCUCCAAGCAACGGCCAUCUUGAUCAGAAAGGAAGAUGUCGGCAAGCUGAAUCUCGAUGCGACGUGGAUCACAGAAAAUGGGAUCUCAGUUAUGGCUGUCAACGAGGACGAGAAUCUAACGUUUAGGACUUCCAUACUUAACCCGGAGGUCUCGGAGGAGAGCAUGGAGGUGGUACCAAACGCUGCUGAUGACAUUGCAUUGGUGCUCUUUACAAGUGGGACAAGCGGAAAAAAGAAAGUGGUUCCUCUCACGCUUCAUACAAUCCUUACUGGGGUCGCCUUUGUGAUCGAAUCAUGGGGCUUAAGUAGUGAUGAUUGUUGUCUAAACAUGAUGCCCUUGAACCAUGUGGGUGGCCUGAUCAGAAACUUGUUUGCGCCAGUAAUGGCUGGCGGUUCAACUAUCUGCUGCUCCGGGUUCGAUGCGAAUUUCUUUUGGGAUCUAGUUGAGAAUCAAGGACCUACUUGGUAUUACGCGUCACCUACUAUGCAUGCGAUGAUUCUCGCCGAGUCUGAGUACCGAGCCGUUCCAUCCUCAAAAUGCAAAAUACGCCUUGUGUGCAAUGCUGCUGGUGGCCUUCUCCCGUCUCUAGCAACCAACUUACGCAAUACUUUUCAGUGUACCGUACUACCAAGCUAUGGUAUGACAGAAUGCAUGCCCAUUGCUACACCGCCUUUGACGUACGGCCUAGACCGUCCAGGAACUUCUGGCAAAAGCGUAGGCCCCGAGAUAGCAAUUAUGAAUAUAUCUGGAAAUGCCAAGGUUGCGACUCGAGAGACAGGCCGGAUCUGCGUUCGUGGCUUUCCAGUUUUCCCCGGAUAUCUUCGUUCUGGGCUCGACAAAUCUAGCCUUGCAGAAGACGGCUGGUUCGAUACGGGUGAUUUGGGUUACCUUGACGAAGACGCUUACCUCUACAUCACGGGUAGAGGCAAGGAAGUUAUCAACCGCGGAGGGGAAAUAAUCUCCCCUUUCGAGAUUGAGGAUGCGAUACUCAAAGCAUCUCAGUCGUCUGAUUCGCCAAUCUUCAGCAGGAUCCUGGAUGUGAUGGUAUUCUCCAUUCCCCACGAUGUUCUGCAAGAGGUCGUGGGCGUUGUGCUCGUGACGCGGCCGGGAAAGCCUCGACCUGACCUUCGACAGCUUCAUCAGGCCAUUAAACAUUCGCUCCACCAACCUAAAUGGCCUGUUGGCAUCGUAUACAUGGACGCUUUACCCAAAGCAAGGGGAAAGAUCCUCCGCAUCCGAAUGGCGGAAAGACUUGGUCUCUGGCAGUUUACGGAUGAGAUGCUGGCAUCCGAAGCGUACGUCGAAGCCGAUUGUCCACCUUUGGAUACUCCGAUCAGCCAAAAUAUUCCCAGCAGAGCUUGCGUCAUGGACAUCGGCAUCGUUCGAAGUACCGUUGACAGGGAAUUGAAGGGCGAUCUCACUGCUUAUGUCUGUCAACAUGAGAAGACUGGCCAUCCAAGAGUUAUCCUAUUUCAGCACGAUGCAGCUACGUCUCGAGACAAGCAGACUGUUAUGCAGAGCCUAGAAGCAAAACUUCCAACCCUCUUACAUGGAUACCUGGUCCCUCGCAAUGUCGAAUUCAUGGACGGGCCAAUCCCUCGCACCCCCCAAGGCAGUGUCGACCAAGACAGCAUACUCGCCACUCUUGAUAAGGCUACCAUGCCUCAUAAUGUACCUUUUGUUGAGCGAAAAGUGCGAGAGGUAUUCAGCUUGGUCCUCGGUUGCUCGCCUGAAGAACUCAGCAAGCGAUCCGAUUUUUUUGAAAUGGGUGGUGAUAGUAUGAAAGCCGGUCGCCUAUUUUCGAUUCUUCGGAAGGAAUUUCGAGUUCAGUUCCCUAGCAAUAUUCUCUUCGCAAACAGUACCAUUGGCUCGAUAUGUGAUAUCGUCGAGGAAACGCUCCCAGCGGGCGAGAUAGACGAACACACCGAUUUUGAAGGCUAUAGUCUUCCAGGAUGCGAUGCCACUUACAGUUCCACGAAUCCCUUAUUGUUGAUGAUUCAGCUUAUUCCGAUUAGCCUUAUCUACCCAAUGAGGCUUGCGUUUCAGUGGUUGAUGUUCAUAUGGAUAUUGAGCGUCACUGUUCUUCGAUGGCCUUUUUACCACCUCAUCGCGAUGCGAUUGAUCCACCUAGUAGUCGCAAUCCUAGCUGCUCGGUGGGCAUCCCAUUUAUUUUCCCCUAUUGUUGCUAUCGCCAUCAAAUGGCUGGUUAUUGGUCGCAUCAAAGAGGGAAUAUAUCCCAUGUGGGGGCCUUACCAUACUCGAUGGUGGUUUGUGCACAAGGUGCUCCUAAUUGGCGGGAAGGGUGCUUUCAAUCAUUUUAAUUGGACUAGGAAGCUCUAUUUUCGAUUACUAGGGGCGAGGAUUGGCAAGGGGACAGUGAUACACAAACACGCCAUUCUCAGUGAAUAUGACUUACUGGACAUUGGUGAUAAUGUAACUGUUGAUAACUGCAUAUGCCGACCUUUUGCAGUGGAAAGGAAUACCUCGAUGCUGCUUCAACGGAUAAGAAUCGGUUGCAAUUCAAGCAUAGGCCUGAAGACGGUCAUUGCUCCUGGGACAGUGUUAGCUCCGGGCACUUGUAUUGGGCCCAAUUCAUCCAGCUGGGAAACGGAAGAUGCCACGGAGGCGAAUCGCGACCUUUCAUCUAGCAAAAUCACGCAGCCGCACUGGCUGGUGAGGCUUCUAUUUGUUGAACCGCUUGUUCUGCUGAUUCAUGGGAUCUCUGCGCUCCCGUGGCUUGCAGGUCUCGUCGGAAUGGUGAUAAGGAGACCGAAAACGAGUGGCGACGUGUUUCGAGAAAUUGCAUAUUGGUUUACGACACCAAUUCGAUUUGGAUACCAUUAUCUGGCGCGAGUCUUAGGCGUGGUAGUGGGACCAAUGGUAUUCUUCCUCUUGCUCCUCAUAGUGAAAAGGUUGAUUGACCUCCUGUGUGGUCCUGAAAAGCACAGAAAGAGGAGUCAGCUCAAAAGGGCCCAAUUCUCCCUGAUGGAAAGGCUCAUUCCAAAUGGCGACCCAAAAAUACUUUCUAGUUUGUUUGGGUCCCACUACGAACUCACUUCCGUGGUUAUCAGGUUGUUGGGAGGCCGCGUUGGAUCGCGGGUGUACUGGCCCGGUGUUGGUCCUACGAUCCAAGAUUUUAGUCUGGUCAGCAUCGGAAAUGAUGUGGUUUUCGGCUCAAGGUCUCACAUCGUGACCUCAGACGGCUUGGGUAGCGAACCUAUAGUGAUUGGCGACGGCGCCAUGAUUGCGGAUCGUACUAUUAUACUACCUGGCACGGAGGUGGGAAGAGGUGCUAUUCUUGGCACAGGCACCUUAACACGGCGAAACCGGUCUUACCCUUCGGAUAGUGUGUGGGUUGGCAGCAAGGAAGGAGAAGCUCUCUGCCUAACAGCAGGCGUCCAGAAGCCAUCAAUGGCAUCACAAGCGACAUUAGUGGAGUCACCCUACUCAGCCAGUGCUUCGGUAUCAGAUGAUACUGUCAUUGAAGAAGGUUCCCCACCAGUCAAAGCCAGAAUGGAGGAGAAAGCAAGUCAAGAGCACGACAUAGGAGAUAAGGAGAUUUCCUCAACAAUGACCCCUUACGGGAGGGCCUUCUAUGAGAAACGGGCUCCGUACUACGUACUUGGGACGUUUGGAAUCUUUUUAUACUCCACGUUUAUCACCAUCUUCACAAGCAUAUAUUGGAACACUGCUAGCAUUGUCGGCGUCAAGAUUGUCACGGAAUUCCUCAAAAUCCCGUCGCCUCUCUUCCGGCCUACGUGGUUCAGGCCGUUUAUCAUUUACGCAAUCAUGGUUAUGAACAUUGCAAUAAUAAUGACCCUGCAAGCUGUCUUAGCGCUUGCAAUAAUCAUCGCCGCAAAAUGGAUCGUAAUCGGGCGGCGCCACCCCGGGAGGUAUGAUUGGGACCAAAGCAGCUAUUGUCAACGCUGGCAGCUUUUCCUCUCAAUCGAAAGACUUCGAUCUGAAUGCUACGCCAAAAACGGUAUCAUCAAGCUUAUAAGCGGAACCCAUUUUCUGGUCCUUUACUUCCGGUUCUUGGGAGCGAAAAUCGGCAAAGACUGUGCGCUGUUUGCUGGAGGUCAGCCAAGUGUUCUCUUCACAGAACCGGACCUCCUGACGCUUGGCGAUAGGGUUGCCGUCGACGAUGCGAGUUUGGUAUGUCACCUCAAUACCAGAGGCAGAUUUUCGCUCCAUCAGAUGAGUGUGGGAGAUCGAAGCGUCCUACGGACGGGAUCGCGACUACUGGCUGGUGCACAGAUGAUGGACGAUGCCUGUCUAUUGGAGCAUACGCUGAUUAUGUCUGGAGAUAUUGUUGAACAGGCGGAAACGUAUCAGGGGUGGCCCGCUAGUCCUUUCAAGGGGAAACGUGUGUGA